UUUCAUCAUCCGUCGACAUUUUGAUCUGCGCAGACACCCUCCUCCAUUGACGGCACCACAAAUUCGCCACCGAAUCUUCAUCGAGUCGCGAUGAUUACAGAGAUCUGGUACUACACGAAGAAAAUUUGAGAUAGCAAUGGAAUCAGAUUUGGUAAUACACGAAGGAGGGUGUCACUGUGGGAAGGUGAAAUGGCGAGUGAAGGCAAAGAGGAGUGUCGUGGCAUGGAGCUGCAACUGCUCAGACUGUUCAAUGAGAGGAAACACCCAUUUCAUUGUUCCAUCGACACACUUUGAGCUUCUGGAAGAUUCCAGAGACUUCAUCACUACGUACACAUUCGGGACACACACAGCGAAGCAUACAUUCUGCAAGGUCUGUGGGAUAACGUCGUUCUAUACGCCGAGGUCAAACCCGGACGGGGUCGCGGUCACGUACAAGUGCGUGAAGCCGGGAACGUUGGAACACGUUGAGAUUAGGUGUUAUGAUGGACAAAACUGGGAGAAAUCACACGAUGUAACCAACAUUGCUUCAUAUUAGAAGGAGCAACUCUAAUGGAAGACAUGAUGUAAGAAAGAGAGAAAGAAACACUGAGUUUUGUGUUUUGUCUGCUUGGAUUUUCUGUAACAGCUCUGUCUCCUCUUUAUUACAAUGAAUGAUGAAUCUUGUCCUUGCCCAAAAUGGGGUUUUAGCCGA